GUCAGUUUUGCUGUGUUUGAGUAAAGACGUAGGUGUGAUGCAGAAGCAGUCGCCGAGUCGUUCUUCUUCUUUCUCAAGCGCUAGUUGAAAAGGAGAGGGAGUCCUACUGCUAAGUUGUCGACAAACAUCAUGUGUUGGUCGCCCCAAGUUGCUGGGGGUUUCGCGUUCGCCGAGACCCUGAUACUGAUUUACCUGUAUCGCCGCAACUGGCUUUUUGACCGCUCCAACGUGUAUUUUCAAAUUCCAUUGGUGUUGCAGGAGAUUCUGCAAGCCCUGCUGUGGCCCUUCGUCGAGCGAACGCGCAUGGGCAACUAUUGGUGGGAAGCGACGUGGGAAGAUCCGGCGCUGCACCGGUGCAGCUACGCGAACUCCGUGCUCUCGUGGCUGAUCGCCGUCGUGGUGAAUGGGACAAUGGUGGUUUGGCAGAUGCACAUUAACUGGGAACACCAGAACCAUGACAAGCAGCUGCAAAGCGGCACCGCACCGGACUGGCUUGUGCGGGUUGGACCGUUGAACGAUUCCAAGAGGGUGGGGCAAUACGGGCGGAGCCGGAGAGCGGCGUUGCAGCUGGUGCUUCGCUGUUGGGGGGUGUUUGUCAUUUUUCUGGGCUAUUUUCUGCUGAUCGAUAAUCCCAACUUGAUGAGACGAGUUGUUGACACAUCAAGUGAACUGACGAGCAACAGUCGCAGUGGAGUGGAUCUGGCAGCUGCUGUGCCUUCUCCUACAGCUGCAGGAGCUCCUUCUGCACCGAACGGCGUUUUACUUGGGUCCUCGGCUGGACACAUCGACCAGGCAGAUGGGAUUUCCGCUGUAGUUCCUGGAGGUGCGCCGGUGGACCUUAGUGCCGCUGCUCUGAGCGAGGUUCUGAUGACGAGCGGCGGCGAGGGUUUGUGGGUGGCACGCUGCACGAGCCGAGGCCCUUUCGGACACCAAGUCUGGUCGAUGGUAGCGUGGCCCUAUAAAGUGAUCGAGUUGUUUUUCUGCACUGCCUACACCGCGAUGGCUGGAGCCUUCAACAUCCUGACCCGUCCGAGCUUGAUUCCGUAUGCGUUCCAGCACAUCAACACCUAUUGCUUUUUUGUGUACCUGUUGCUCGGCGCCGAGGCCGGGAGCGUGUGGUGUUGGUGGGCCAGUUGUUUGUGCCUCGUGUACUUGGUGGAGCCCUAUUUGCUCAAGUACGGAAACUGCCUGGAUUGCGCGUAUCUGGACCGCAGCCCGGAGGCGCAGAAGUGGCGCACGACGGACUGGCGGGAGACGUGGCAGCAGACCCAGAGCGAAGCCGAUCGGCAGAACGUGCUCAAGCGACAGGUUUUUGGCUGGGUUUGGGACCGGUUCGACGAUCUGGGACUCUCUCCGUGGCGCGAAGAGCAAAAGCGAGGUGACGUUGGUAGUGCUGAUGUUCUGCGAAACCUAGAGAAAGAAAAUCUGUCUCUGCUUGGCAAAGACGGCGUCAGUGACAUGACCCACGUUAAAAAUAAGGUUGAUAGUAGCGCCGAUGCGGGCGGGGCACGGCAGCACACGACCGCAGCUGGGGAGACGGAACUCCGUAAUAAACAAGAACUGGACAGCGUGAACCAGAUCAAAAACAGUGUUUGAGGGAGGUUGUAGUACUAGAGCUAUAUCAUCACACUGCUUGGAGUGUUGACACGCUUUCCGUUCCAAGAACUCCGGAGUGUUGCUUUCGCGGAAACCGCCCGCCGAGAGAGGCGAAAGUAAGCGAAGCCAAU